GAGUGACGAUGAGAGAGCGAGAUAAGAGACAGAUGUAGAGAGAGAGAGCAGAGAGAGAGCGAGGGGUGAGCGGUGCACACACAUCACUAUCAACUGAAUUUAUAUUAGCAAAAUACCUCUGGUAUUCCAAGCAUGGAAGGCAAGUUUUUAUCGUCCCCAAAACAAUCUGAACGCAAGCCGUCAUGAUUGGGGAAUCAGCCAGAUUCCUUGAAAAGUGCUUGUUCGCUGUUUCGGGGGACGCCAACGGAAAAACUCGGUGCUGUCUCUGCUGCCUCAAGUCCUGCUCUCCCGCUCUAAUGCCUUGCCCAAGGUUUUGAGAAGCGCUGAGGUGAGUCGUAAGUUGUUGAGCUGCCUGACGAGGAAUAGGAGAAAAUUGCGGACAGAUCAGAAAAACUGCUUCCCGAACUCAGGCAGCAUGCUGUCCGGUUUAGCUACGGAUGGCAGGGCGCUCGGAACCGAUUCGCACAAACAAUACCGAAUGACGCUGGGUCAAGGCAAAGCGAUAAAGAAAAAAGUUUAACAUGAUGAAGGGGCAAUAAACGGAUACGGACAAAGCCUCAUCUAAGGUCUCUGGAUCCAAAUGUCACCCCCCCUGGACGCUGCCCCAGGCGGGGACCAGCAGUGUGUGACGGUGACGGGUGGGUGGCGAGGAGAGGAGAGGAGGAGGCCACAAACACAUCGGCUUUCUGCUGCGAUUCUGCACUAAAUUGGCCCAGGCUGUGUCCUGUCCUGUGAGGACAAGCAGCGAGUGCUCUGGUCUGAUAUCUCAGCAUGAAUGGAGUCAGAGUCAACUUCACUUAGAGGACCUGCUCUUCCUAAUGAGACCGCUGUCUCUCUUAAAGUUGAGGACUAAUCAAUUACAGGGGGAUUAAGCCUAACCCUACGGCUUCUUGUUCUACUGCCCCGUGAAGAAGAGGACAUUCCCCUCCUGAUUUUACACUAUGGAGUUUCAGGCUGGGCUGUGGAAUAAAGAUUGGGGUUCAUUUCUGCGUUUCUGGUUGACAGUCAUCCUGAGCCUCAAUGUGCACUUCAGCUGCCCUGCCACCUCGUGCCCAGAAGAGUGCCGCUGCGACAAAACCUUUGUUUACUGCAACGAGCGGAGCCUGACGUCUGUGCCUCUGGGGGUGACAGAGGGCUACAAGAUUCUCUACCUCCACAACAACCAGAUCAACAAUGCAGGGUUCCCAUGGGAACUACACAACGUGGCGUCCGUGGAGACAGUGUAUCUCUACGGCAACCAGUUGGACGAGUUCCCCAUCAACCUGCCUAAGAACAUCCGGGUGCUCCACCUGCAAGAGAACAACAUCCAGACCAUCUCCAGGGCUGCCUUAGCCCAACUGCCCCGCUUAGAGGAGCUCCACCUGGACGAUAACUCCAUCUCUACGGUUGGGGUGGAGGAGGGGGCGUUCCGGGAUGCUGUCAGCCUCAAGCUGCUCUUCCUCACCAAGAACCACCUGAGCAGUGUCCCCAUUGGUCUCCCAGAGGACCUCACAGAGCUGCGAUUAGACGAGAACCGUAUCGCGGUCAUUGCUGAGGAGGCGUUCCAGAACGUGACGCGGCUACAGCGCCUCCUGUUGGAUGGCAACUUGUUGACAGACGAGGGCGUGGCCCCGGGGACGUUCCAGGAGCUGUCCAACCUCCGGGAGCUGGCGCUGGCCCGUAACUCUCUGACGUUCCCCCCACCCCUCCUCCCGACGCAGUCCCUGGUCAAGCUCAGCCUGCAGGAUAAUCAGAUGGACCAAAUCCCAGUGACAGCCUUCUCCGGCCUCCAGAGGCUCGAGAGACUGGAUAUCUCCAAUAACCAGCUGCAGACGCUGACACAGGGGGUCUUUGACGGCCUCAUCAGCCUCAGACAGCUCACUGUUCGGAACAACCCGUGGCGCUGCGAUUGCACCGUCAAAUGGGUGGUGGUGUGGCUCAAGUCGCUGCCAGGCUCAAUCAACGUGCGCGGUUCAAUGUGCCAGAGCCCAGCGAGGGUGCGCGGCAUGGCAAUCAGAGAACUCACCCUGGAUUCUAUCCAGUGCCCAGCUGGGACGGACCUCCAGCCCGACCUCUGGCCUACCCUGCGCUCCACGCCCCCACACCCCCAACUCCCCACCACCACCACCCUCAUUACCUCCUCCAUGACCAGCUCUAUUCCCACCUUCACAACCUCCUCCUACCCCACAUCACCCUCCCCUCCCCAUGCCAUGCCUCCCCACCCCGCUGGCCCACUGCCCCCCUAUGAGGACCCCCUACGGAUAUCCUUCCACGUGGUCAAUGCCUCCUGCAUCGAGGUAAGCUGGGCUUCCUACUUCACCGUCACAGCCUACAAGGUGACCUGGGUCAAGAUGGGCCAGAGCCUGAUGAGCGAUGUCAGCCGCGAAAGGACGGUGAGUGGGGAAAGGCGGAAGCUUAGCUUGACCAACCUGGAGCCCAGGUCGGUGUACCGGGUCUGUGUUUAUGUGCUGGACACCCUCAACUCCUACCGCCCAGGGGAGGAUACAAUAUGCUCAGACGCCAGAACCAAGUCGACCUCAUCCAGCUCCAACAACAACAAGGCCACAGGGUCGGAGGAAGCUCAACAGGACACCAACUCCACUCUCCUUUUGGCCGGGGUGAUAGGCGGGGCAGUCCUUGUCGUCCUGGUAAUGCUGCUGAGCCUGUUUUGUUGGCACAUGCACAAGAAGAGCCGCUCUGAAUCGUCCAAGUGGAAAUACAACCGUGGCAGGAGAAAAGACGACUACUGCGAGGCGGGGACCAAAAAGGAUAACUCUAUACUGGAAAUGACUGAGACCAGCUUUCAGAUAGUUUCCCUGAACAAUGAGCAACUUUUGAAAGGUGAUUACAGGAUUCAGCCCAUCUAUACACCCAAUGGAGGCAUCGGCUUCAGAGACUGCCACCUCAGUAACAAUAGCUUAGCCUACUGCAAGAGCAGCAACGUUCCCAGCACCGAGUUCUGCCACACGUGAUGCUUCUAACAGGAUGCCCCCACACCAGUUGUUUGAGAAAAAAAUAUACUGUACCAUAGAUAUUUCCAAGUUCUGUCUGCCAUGUAAUUUAUACUGUGGACAGUAAUGUGGAAUUCUAUCAGCUAUCUUUUUUACUCUUAGUUAGAAGGAAUACAAAUGGUUUUCUAAUCAGUGGGAUUAAAUUACAGUAAGUGUUUUUUGCUUAACUUCGGGAUCGGUGUCCCUUCUACGGGACGGUUGAGCUAACGUAGGCAAAUGCGAUUAGCAUGAGGUUGUAAGUAACAAGACAUUUUCCCAGGACAUAGA